AUGCUGGAUUCGGGAGAAGGUCCGCCAUUAUUGGGAAGCAGAAAAAAAAUAGACUUAUACACACCGUCACACAUUUAGCCUGUAAGGGGCUUAACAUUAGAAAGGGAAACACAGCCGUUUCCGAUGAGCUGCUGGACACUAAAUAAAUAAAAAAAACAACAACAACGCUUUGUUAAAUGAAGGCAGGGCACUGCGAUCGCGUUUCCGUACGGACUCUUUUAUUUUUGACACAACAAAGGAAAUAAUAAUUGGUCAAAACAACGUGGUGGUGAACCAAGAAGGGAAAACACACCGAAACAGCGCUUUCCAACGCCUCCCCCUUUUUUCUCCUCGUUUCCAGACGCGGUGAAAGGACUUGAGUUUGAACAGCAAUUUUUUUUCUUGUCUUGACGAGAAUUUAGUUGUUUCCCCCCCUCUCCUCAGGCAGAGAGAGAAAGAGAGAUGUGCAUCUAAAAACUUCAGACUGAUGAAAACGUGCACUUAACGUGGGGAGCAAUGGACAGACAGGCUGUUUACUAGAAAAAGCGGAAAAUAAUCGAUGUGAGUGCUUGUGGGGAGUGUUUUUGUCUCUGUUUUUUAAAAGUCUUCCACCGGCUGUGAGUCGCAGAGGAGCUGAGAGAAAGAAAGGAGUGGACGAGAGCUGGGGAGGGAGGAAUGCUAUGGGCCAGACCCCAGUCCAGUGAGCUCCCCUUGCAUGGAAACCCUCCUUCCUUGGCUGCCUCCUCCUCUCCCUAGAGCUAGCGGCCAGCAUGGCAGGAUGAGCCUCUGCCAGCGAUGAUGAUGGCCAAAAAGCAAGAUGUCCGGGCACCCACCUACAACCUGGUCGUGGUUGGGCUGUCCGGCACGGAGAAGGAGAAAGGCCAGUGUGGUGUGGGCAAGUCCUGCCUGUGUAACCGCUUUGUCCGGCCAAGUGCAGAUGACUUCUACCUAGACCACACCUCCGUUCUCAGCACCAGUGACUUUGGAGGCCGUGUGGUGAACAAUGACCACUUCCUCUUCUGGGGUGAGGCUGGGCGGAUGAUGGAGGAGGGGCCAGAAUGCCGUAUGAAUGUGGUGGAGCAGACAGAGUUCAUUGAUGAUCAGACGUUCCAGCCACACCGAAGCACAGCACUCCAGCCUUACAUCAAGAGGGCAGCUUCCACCAAGCUGGCUUCGGCUGAGAAGCUGAUGUACUUUUGCACAGAUCAGCUGGGGCUGGAGCAGGACUUUGAGCAGAAGCAGAUGCCUGAAGGCAAGCUAAUGGUGGAUGGUUUCUUACUCUGUGUGGAUGUUAGCAGGGGUAUGAACCGCAGCUUUGAGGACCAGAUGAAGUUUGUCACCAACCUGUUCAACCAGCUAGCCAAAACGAAGAAACCUGUGGUACUGGUUCUUACCAAAUGUGAUGAAGGAGUUGAGCGCUAUAUUAAAGACUCACACACCUUUGCCCUAACCAAGAAGAACCUACAGGUGGUAGAAACAUCAGCACGCUCUAAUGUCAAUGUUGACUUAGCUUUUCUUACACUGGUUCAGUUAAUAGACAAGAGUAGGGGUAAGCCCAAAAUUAUCCCUUACUUUGAGGCACUGAAACAACAGAGUCAACAAAUUGCCUCAGCGAAAGACCGCUAUGAGUGGCUGGUCAACCGAAUUGUGAAGAACCACAAUGAGACAUGGCCCGCUGUCAGUCGCCGCAUGCAGGCUGCCCCUGAGUACAAGGACUAUGUUUUCCUUGAGGGGACAGCUAAAGCCAAGAAGCUCUUCCAGCAACAUGUGCAUAGACUUAAACAAGAGCAUAUAGAGAAACGUAGGAAAGCCUAUCUAACUACUCUACCACAGGCCCUGUCUAUACUGUUACCAGAGUUGGAUGAGAUAGACCAUCUGAGCUGGUCUGGAGUUCAGAAAGUCCUUGAGACAAAGAGAGAUUUCUCCCAAUGGUUUGUAGUGCUAGAUGACACCCCUUGGGAGACCACACCUCACAUUGAUAACAUGGAGGAUGAUCGAAUCCCUCAGGACCUUCUGGAGACCCCUGCAGCUGAAACUAUCUAUGAGACCCAUCUGGAGCAGCUAAGGAAUGAGCGCAAACGGGCUGAGAUGAGAUGGGAGUUCAAGGAGAAGCUAAGUGUCUCUCCUUUCAUCACACCAGGGAAACCCUGGGAGGAGGCCCGAAGCUUCAUCAUGAAUGAAGACUUCUAUCAGUGGCUGGAUGAGGCUGAAUAUUUGGAUAUCUACAACAAACACCAGAAGGAAAUCAUUGACCGCGCCAAAGAGGACUUUCAGGAACUGCUUCUUGAAUACUCUGAGCUCUUUUAUGAGCUAGAAGUUGAUGCAAAGCCAAGUAAAGAGAAAAUGGGAGCCAUUCAGGAGUUGUUGGGUGAGGAGCAAAGGUUUAAAGCCUUGCAGAAGCUGCAGGCAGAAAGGGAUGCCCUGGUAUUGAAACAUAUCCACUUUGUCUACCACCCCACAAAGGACACCUGUCCCAACAGCCCCCACUGUGUGGACAGUAAGAUAGAGCAGAUACUGGCCUCCAGAUUCCCUACCCGGUACCCAUCAUCAGACAGUUCAAGACAGGAUGGGGGGAGGGCUGAAAGGAUAAAUCUUGUCAUCCUAGGGAAAGAUGGGCUAGCCAGAGAGAUGGCAAAUGAGAUAAGGUCCUUGUGCACCAGUGAUGACCGGUACGUGUUAGAUGGCAAGAUGUAUGAGUUAACCCUUCGUCCCAUAGAGGGCAAUGUGCGUCUGCCGGUCAAUUCCUUCCACACACCAACCUUUACACCCCAUGGUUGCCUGUGUUUGUACAACUCAAAGGAAUCCCUCUCGUAUGUUUUUGAGAGUAUAGAGAAGCUGAGAGAGUCAACUAUAAGCAGAAGGGAAAGGGAAAACAGCUUAGCCCAACUCCCGCUGUCCCUCCUUCUAGUCACCAAGCGGGGGGUGGGGUCCAUAGGGGAUAUUGGGGGGGAGACAGCUCAGACUCUUAUCCAACAAGGGCAGCAGGUGGCUGGAAAGCUGCAGUGUGCCUACCUAGACCCAGCCUCUCCAGGUAUGGGCUACGCACGCAAUGUUAGUGAGAAGCAGAUCAACCAGAUGCUAAAGGGUGUCUUAGAAUCACGGCGAAGCUUAGGGAGCAGUUCCCCUCCCUUGCCCCCUCCAUCCUCUGCCUAUAGAGACUCUCAGUCCCAGCCAGUGCCAGAGGCAGACCUGAGGAUAGUCAUGUGCCUGAUGUGUGGAGACACAUAUGACCUAGACCAGCUUCUUGCUCCCUUCCUGUUGCCCCAGCACUGUCGUCCUGCCUCUACUCUCAGCAGUGGCACCUCCAUUCUGCUGGAUCUCAGUAUAGGGGGCCAGAGGCAGAAUAUUGAGCUGUCAAUACUCUCUUUCCAUUCUUCAUUCUCCCUCCGCAAGACCAGGCUAGUCCACGGCUACAUUGCAGUUUACUCUGCUCGCCGCAAGGCCUCUAUGGAGACAUUGUGUGCUUUCCUGUGUGAGGUCCAAGACAUCAUCCCAGUGCAGUUGCUAGCAGUAGGGGAGAGCCAGAUGGAGUUGUCAGACUCAGAGUCUGCUAAGGAGCAGGUCAGUCAGGGAGAGGAACUGGCUCAUGAAAUAGAGGCCAGGUUUAACACAGUAAUAUGUGGACAUGGUGGGGUAGUAGGGGGGCUUCAUAAGAUAGACCUUUUCCAACCCUUCCUCAAAGAGGUGGUAGAGAAGCGCACUAUUGUUGAGGCCACGCACAUGUAUGACCAUGUGGCUGAAGCAUGUACCAAUGAGAGCAUCAGCCCUCGCUGUGGCUCUCCUAGUCCAGUUAACAUUCUUAUGGAUUCAGAGGAUGAUAUUGACCCAUCACCACCUUACCCUACCCUGAGGGAGGAUGGUAGUCUGAGUUCUCACCUUGGAAGCUUCAAGCUGCAAGAUCAUGAUUCAAGUGAUACCUUCUCUGUCAUUUCUGAGCUUAGCACCUUUGAGAGCAAGCUUAACAACAAAGUUCCUCCUCAAGUGAAGCCCAAGCCCGUCCGUAAGGUUAACCUCAGCCCCUACAUGGACCAGCAAAGUGGCACCAACCGCCGCUCCUUGCCCCAAGCUGUCACUUGGGCGCCAGGUAGUGAUGGAGGCUUUGACCCCUCAGACUACGCAGAGCCCAUGGAUGCUGUGAGCAAACCUCGACCCACAGAAGAGGAGAAUAUUUACUCUGUCCCUCAUGACAGCACACAGGGCAAGAUUAUCACCAUCCGCAAUGCCAACAAAGGUCACUCCAAUGGGAGUGCUGGGGGGAAUGGGUCAGACAGUGAGGCUGAUAGCAGCUCACUGGAGCGAAGGAGAAAGUUGUCCGCCAUUGGGGUAAAGCCUAAGCUUUACAGAGACAGAUCCAAACGGCUUGGCAAGUUCAGCAGUUUUAGGACAAGCUUCUCUAUAGGCAGUGAUGAUGAGAUGGGAGGGGCACCCAAGGCAAGCCAGGAUGAGGGAGGAGCCCAAAAGGACAACUCCAUUGAGGAGAGUGAGGACCCUAAAAGGAGAAAUAUCCUCAAGAGCCUGCGCAGAAAUACAAAGAAACCACGACCCAAACCCAGGCAUUCCAUCUCAAAGCCCAUUGAAAGCAACUACUUCGGCAUGCCACUGGCUGCAGUGGUCACCCCUGAGAGGCCAAUCCCAGUCUUCAUUGAGAAAUGCAUCCGUUUCAUUGAAACGACAGGCUUGAGCACAGAGGGCAUCUACAGGGUCAGCGGGAACAAAGCGGAGAUGGAGAGCAUGCAGCGGCAGUUUGACCAAGACCACAACCUCGACCUGGUGGAGAAAGACUUCACCAUCAACACAGUAGCAGGAGCCAUGAAGGCCUUCUUCUCAGAGCUACCUGAGCCUCUGGUGCCCUACAGCAUGCAGGGAGAGCUGGUGGAGGCCUUCAAGAUCAACGAUAGGGAGCAGCGCUUCCAGACGAUGAAGGACAUUCUCCGCCGCUUCCCCAAGGAGAAUUACGAGGUCUUCAAAUAUGUCAUCAGCCACUUGAACAAGGUGAGUCAGAACAACAAGCUGAACCUGAUGACCAGUGAGAACCUGUCUAUCUGUUUCUGGCCCACACUGAUGAGACCAGACUUCACCACCAUGGACGCCCUGACUGCCACCCGCACCUACCAGACAAUCAUAGAGAGCUUCAUCCACCAGUGCGCGUACUUCUUCUACAAUCAGCCUCUGGCAGACGGCCUCCCCGGCUCGCCCACCUCUACGCUCUCUUCCGGGGGAGGAACCUCGGCCUAUUCCUGCAUGGCUGGAGGCUACUCAUCCUCGCCGACUCCGUCCCCAGCUCCCUACAUCCCCCCACCUACCCCUCCUGUCAUUCCACACUAUGGCCCUCCUAUCCACCACCACCACCACCAUCACCACCACCACCAUCAACAUCAGUCUCCGCCCCAUUCCCCACCUCCUACUCCCCAGUCCCCGAUCCCAGCCCUGCUGCCGCCCUCCCUACAUCCUCAUCACCCCCCUACGGAACAACACACGCUGUGAACCAGGGAGCAAGGGAACGAGAAGAAGAAAAUAAACGAAGAAGAUAACGAGAUUCAUAGAGGAUUAAGGAUUCAGGAUAAGAGAUCUUUUGGGAAGGAACUGAAGAAGAUAUAAACGAGGACAGGAGGUAGGAGAAGAAGUUGGGAGAGAUUGAGUGAGAUGCAGUAUGUACAGGGAGAAACCUACAUGUUUGGGAGAAGAAGGGGGUGUUGGAGCCUCCUUUGCUUUUAGAAAAAUGGACACACGUCAGAAACUGUACUGGCAGUAUGAUCUUUCUCCCUCCUUGCCACUUUAUCCCUUUGUCUCUCUGUCUCACUUCAUCUGGACCUGCCCUCCUUGCCUUAUAGUGAACCUACACAACGUCACACUAAUAGUGUGAUGAAGCGUGAGAUGUUGCCAGUAACUGUUAAAGGGACUCAGGGAGGGACUCUCGAAGUAAAGUGCAGGGGGGAGUGUGAACUCCUUUAUGUUUGGAUUGCUUCACCACACACACACAAACACAAACAGACACACACUUGACACAAACACCCAGUGGCCAGUGUGCCUCCAGCAACCAUUCUCCUCAACCCCUCGGCCUGUUAACUGUGCUGGGAAUUUUGGUGGCCAGCACAUGCUUUUUGCAAACCUACCCACCUGCUGUACCUACCUGGAGGCCAUGGCUGGGACAAAGUGGAGCAGAGAGCAAGUCCUGAACAUGUUUGUUUGUUUCACCACUGUACAGAGAGGGCUUAAGCAAGAGACACGUUACUACUCACCCAACAGGAUGUUCUACCCUCCACGACUCACACAUUCCUAUCUGUCAGCCCCGCACACACACACACAGGCAAAAUCAGUUUCAGUCGACGCAGUAUGCCAAGCUCAGAAGAAAAAAAAAAUCUCAACCAACCGGAUCUGCUGGGCAGCAAAUUGGAGCAAAGGAUUAUGGGUGCUCUCACAGCCUUGGCAUUUUGGGAAGACUCCUCCCAUUCUCCUGUUUGCUCUAUCUCUCUCUGUUUGAACUUUGACCUCAUGCCCUGUCCUUGUAAACAAACAAAGAAAACAGCUUAAAAAGUGGAUAUUUUAAAUUGGUCUAAAUCUCAAUUCUACACAUUAACAUUCCCACUGUCCCAAUGUGUUUUGUCAUCAUUAUUUUGUGUUCUUCAUUUGAGAAAAGUCACAGAAACCCGAGCCUAUCUGUCAGUGAAUGGCCUUGUGUGUGUCUGGCUGGCUGACUGUCUGUGUGCGCCUGUAUCUAUGCCUUUUUGUUUUACCUGAGUUUACCUGUAUUAGGCAGAUAGUGGGAAUAAUUCCAGUGUUGGACCUUCACCUGUCAUGUUGCUUCUCUCACGCUGUGGUGGUUUUACAAGUGAGUCAGUGCUGCAGUUUUCAUAGUAAGGACCUUGUUCAAAAAGCACUUUUCUGAGCACUUUGAAGGCACAUUUUAAAUUGGAGCUGCCGUGACAUGACAGCCACCGUUCACUUUAUUGUCAGUCCACCCUACUCGCCCUCUUUCUCUCUCUGGGAGCACACCACUGACAUCUAGAGGAAGAAAUGGGUAUUGCAGCCAUAACCUCACUUCCACUACUGCAUGGGCGUAGCACCAUUUCUCUACUGUGGUUUUUGUAGCGGCAGAUUCUCUUUUAGGUGCAGCUGUCAAGAUUCAUCUUCAUUGUAUGUUUGGUAAAACUAACUUUAGAGCUCAUACAGCGUAAGAGUGUAAAUAAAAGAACAACAGCAGUUUUAAAUUUGGUACAGAUCAGCUGAGAUUAUAUAGAUCCAGGCUCUGUAGCCACAAAGCAUGUGGCCACAUUGCAGUUGGUUAGCCAUGCAGUGAAUGAAAUUGCCUCCCUGUCUUUUGUUGUUAGUGUCCACUUUCCUGUGGUCACCAAAACACAGCCAUUUGUAACGGAGCGCACAUCACCUCCAAGAUGCCAUAUUUGAAUAGAGGAAAUGAUGACUUACAAGACUGAGGCACGAUGUAGAGUUACAGGCCAGAAAGGAGGAGCUGGAAACGAGGCUUAAGCUUUGACAGGUGGGAGGCUUUUUAUUGUUGGAAAUAAUUGGCAACCACUGCUCCAGGCCUCAGCACGCUGUCCUCUUAGGACACAGCAUUAUGCCUGUGGAAAGGAGACUCAAACCUGCUCUCAGUGGACUCGAAAUAUGAUUUGUAAGAGUGUAACCACUACACCAGACUCCCCCCUAAUCAUUCCCCGUCCAAGAGAGACAGUUGGAUCUGGGAAAGACAGCAGACAGAACAGACAGUCCAUUCAUCCGUCUGCAUGACUGGAAUGGAGCAUCACAGAAUUCCUCGGCCCGGGCUGCUGUUACCGUAGAAACCAGCGAGAUGGGGCAUGAGGAGAAUUGCUGAGCCCUGAUCGAAGCUUUUGAAGUGUGCAUGUGCGUGCAUAUGUGUCUCUGUGAAUGUGUGAGCUCGUGAAAGAGUGUGCGCAUGUGAACUUACAUGUUAAUAUUAAGCAGAUGCUCACCAAGGUCACUUACUCUGUUUGACACUGAAUUGCAUCUCUGCAUGUCUCCUUAUACUGUCUUCUCUGCCCCCCACCCAAAAAAAACCUUUUAACCAAUCACUGAACUCUUAAAGGAGCUUUUUUCAGUCUACACUACCUACUUACCUUGCGUGUGGGUGUAUGUCUGUGUAUGUGUGUAUGUGUGUGUGUGUAAUAUAGGAAUUAAGAGUGAGUGUUUGGGUGGGUUUGAGUUAACAUGCUAGCAAGCUGUGCUUGGCAUACGGCCAGACACCAGCGUGAUCCAAACAAACGUGAAGGAGAGGAAUGCAGCUCUCCUUGCGGUCAUUACCCCACUGUGCAACCCUGUUAGCUCGUCCAGAUUACACACACUGAUCCUCAGAGAAAGUGUGAGAGAGAUGGGGGAGAGUGAGAGGGAGGGAAGACAGACAGACAGCAAAUGGGUGAAUGGGAUCAUUAUUUGGGAGACGGAGGGAGGAAGGAGGGGUGACCACUGGUACUUGUGUGUGAACGCCGGCCAGUGGCGUUCCCUGUGUAUAUCAAUGUGUUAAUACUGAACUGACUGUGAGGCAGCCAAAGACUGUGGAAAAAAGGGUCGAGGGAGAGAUGGGAAGCAAAGUGACAGUUUAGAAGAACAAUUGAAUAAAAAAUGUGACUUUGGUUCAGCGAUAAUAUGUGGCUGCAAUGCUUUUCUUUUUCUUUUUUUUUUUUGCAACAAUGGUGACAGAUGUCUGUUAAGUUAAAUGAGAAACAAGCAAAACUAUAUUCAAAUGGUUGUUUAUUGGUAUGUUAGGGGGUCUAACACUUUGCCCUUUAGUCAGUGGUGAUAGAAAAAAAUGUUUCUUUUUAUGUUUUAUUUUAAUAAUUAAAAAAUACAAAGCAUUUUUUAACAAUUUCUUUGUGAACGAUUGAGAGACCAGCCCAAUAUAGUGCAUGAUUUCUUCCGGACCAAGGAAGAGGGCUCCACCACUCUCACUAUUUAAGAGAUGAUAAAAAAAAAAAAAUAUUAUGAAAUGAUGGGGGGGUUGGGGUGGGAAGAAAAUAUAAAAAAAUAAAAAUAAAUGAAGUACUGUAAACUGAAAAGAUAACAUCAAACAAAAAAAAACUGUCAUUAUUUGCUGAGUAUGGUAAUUUGUCUAAAUGGGAAUGGUGUAUACAGCAAGGCCUUAUGUGAUCUGUAUCAUAGUUAAUAAAUCAAAUCUUGUAAAA